CUCUUGGCAGAACUUGAGUCGUCUUCGGCUUCCGAAGCUUCGAGUACGUCCGAAACCGGUAACGCGACAAAUCAGAAGGUCAUCAGUUCCAGUCUCGUCGCAACUGCUCCGAAGCCGGCUGGUUCAGUGACCGCUAAAGCACCUCCUCGUACCAGUGGCGCAGCGGGAGCAGCGACAGGAGCUGCGGUCGAGCCGCCGUUUUGCUUUCAGGUGCUAGGACAGAGCAAAGAUCUGGUAGGAGCGGGCCUCGCUGGCUGGGCGCAGUCUUCGAUCGAUGGCGAAUUGCUGCAUAAAAAUGACGUGCCAGCAGAUGAGCG